CUCUCUCUCUCUCUGCUUUUCCUCAGUUACCCUUACCCAAGUAUAUUUUACACUGCAAUAAGCCUGAAAUUGAUUUCUUCAUCAUUAGAAUGGCCUCCUUUUGGUUUCAUUUAGCGCUCAUCAUGGCUUUCAUGGCCUCACCGUUGCUUUCUUUAUCUUCUCAGAUUAAUUCCAAAGCCUCCACUAUCGCAGCUACGCCAUCAUUCUUGACAAACCCUCCGCCUCUGUCUCCUUUCCAAGAAUUAUCCCCAGACAUUGCUCCACUUCUGCCUUCUCCUGGUGGCGUGGUGCCUCCCACUGGGUCCUCCAUACCCACCAUUCCUUCAAGCCCGAGCCCUCCGAAUCCAGACGAGUUGGUUGCGCCCGGUCCAGAUUCUGCGUUUUCGCCGCUUGGGUCAUUGCCGGCUUCCUCUGCAUCACCUAAAAUCUUGGUUUCCUACUUAAACGCAGCCAUUUUUGCAGGUUUAGCUGCAUUUUGGUCUAUGCGGCUGCUUAGGAUACAGGGCUAGACGACCUCAUUCUCAUUCUUUACAGCAUAUGAUACGGUGUAUGUACUUAUUGUCUUCUGAUGGAUGUAAUAUUAGUAGAAUUGUUCACCUUGUUACUGUUAUUAGGUUGUUUUUAAUUGAUUUUUGAUUAAAAUGAGUUAUACUAAGGACCAGUUUUCUUA